AUGUCAAACUACUACUCAUCGCAACAACCGCAAUACCCCGCCGCCGGCGGCCCCAACGCCGCGCAGAACCUGCAGUUCUUCCCCUCCCAGUACACAAACCCAGGCUCCUCGACACCCCAGCAAGCAGCAGCCGCAGGCUACGGAUACGGCAACCAGGGCGGCUAUGGCGUCGGAGCCCCAGCGCAGAACUUUGCGGCUCCCGCUUUUGGUGCGCAGGGCGUCAGUGGAAGGAUGGGCGAGCAGGGCGGGUUGAGGACCGGUUGGGUUGCGGCUUUCUCGUCGGAAGGAUAUGAUGGUGAACCGCCUUUGCUGGAGGAACUGGGCGUUAACUUUGGACAUAUCCAGGCAAAGACGCUCGCUGUGUUGAAUCCCUUCCGACGUAUCGACUCGCAUAUCAUGGACGAUUCCGAUCUCGCGGGCCCCCUCAUCUUCUUCCUCCUCUUCGGCUUCAUUCUCCUCUUCUCAGGCCAAGUCCACUUCGGCUACAUCUACGGCCUCGCCGCCCUGGGUUCCAUAUCCCUCCACCUAAUCCUCUCCCUCAUGUCGCCCUCCGACGCCAGCGAUCCCCAAGUCAACAGCUAUCCCCAAUACAGCAGCGAUCCAUCCGCGCCUCAGCAACAACACGACGGUCAGCAGGGCGGCCACUUCUCCGCGACACUGACAUACCCCCGCAGCGCGAGCGUCCUCGGAUACUGCCUGCUACCGCUCGUGGCGACGAGCUUAUUCGGCAUCGUGAUGAGGAUGGAUACACCCGUCGGCAUUGUCGCGACCACAGCGGCUAUUCUCUGGUGUACUUACAGCGCGAGCGGGAUGUUCUGCGUCGUGGGACAGAUGAAGCGCAUGCGAGGACUCGUUGCAUAUCCCCUUGCGCUGUUCUAUGUUGGAUUCGGUAUCAUGGGUAUUUUCAGCAGCCGAGGAAGUGGAACGUUCUCCAACGCUGCUGCUAAGCUCAACGCAUAA